AAAAAAAUUAUCACCAACCUCUACACUUAAUAGUUAAAACGUCUUUUAUUUUACUAUAUCAUAUCACCUUCAAGACCGGAGUGUAUAUACAUAUUAGAACGCAGAGAUGGCCCCAAAGACUCAAGAAACUAUUAACUCUAAGUUAGCCUUAGUUAUUAAAUCUGGUAAGUAUACCUUAGGUUACAAAUCCGUUGUUAAAUCCUUAAGAACCGGUAAGGCUAAAUUAGUCAUUAUCGCUGGUAACACCCCAGUUUUAAGAAAAUCUGAAUUAGAAUACUACGCUAUGUUAUCUAAGACCCCAGUUCACUACUUCCAAGGUGGUAACAAUGAAUUAGGUACUGCUUGUGGUAAAUUAUUCAGAGUCGGUACCUUAUCUAUCUUAGAUGCUGGUGAUUCCGAUAUCUUAACUUCCCUUUAAAUUUAAUAUAAAUUGAAUGGGUUGUUUAAUUUAUUAUAUCAAAUAUAAUUUACUUUAUUAUUAAUUUAUGUAUAUAUAUUGAAUCUAAAUAAAUGUAUUAUAUCUGAUUAAA